UGAUUAUCCCGUAGCUUCAUAGUACGGAAGUAAUCCACAACAAGGAAGGCUCAUUCGUGCUAAUAAUUGCAACUUUUACUUGCACGUUUAUUGUAAUCACCUUAUCGACCAUCCAUUAAGCAAUGGACGGGUCCAUAAGCGCGUCGUCGGACACCAUUGCCGGACCCCCGCCUCAUUUUAGAACGAAUGAAGGCUCCUUGGUUUCUGCCCUCAAGACGUUGUUGUUCUUCACGAUCUUGAUGGUCACGCUUCCGAUUGGCUUGUACUUUGCUUCUAAAGCUUACAUUUUUGAAGGUUCAAUGAAGAUGUCAAACUCUGACAGCUACUUCUAUGCCGCCAUCGUCGCCGUGCUGGCUGUGCACGUGGUCUUGGCCUUGUUUGUUUAUGUGGCCUGGAAUGAAGGCACACCCAAAGGGAAAGGGAAAUACGAAUAAAGCAUAUUUUCAUUGAUGCUAUUAGAUGGAAAAAGAUGCAAAGACACUGGAAAGGGUUGUUGAGAACUCUCACUUCCCUGGCUCAACCUGUAACACCUAGCAGGCAGAUAACACAGUUCAGCAAUCUGGUGUGUGUUGAGCUUCUUCAGUUUAGGUAUAUGGAGGCUGCUGGAUGUGAUGGUCUCAAAACCCCCUUUAAUUGAAAGAGGGGCAGCUUUUAAGGAACAUGUUUGUAAUUCAUCAAAGAGUCACAAGUCUGACAUGUAGCAAAACAUCUUCCCUUUUUCUUUGUUAUCUACGACAUUAAGCCGUUUGAUUCAAAAUUGUUCCCGAUCUUUUGACCGUGAAUGUUGUCACGCGUUCUUGCUCCAUACUUAAUUUACAUCAAAGAAAAUAAAAAAGUAGGAUAUUGCAGUUUAUAUCAUGUGACAAUUGUGCAGCGUUGUGUUUUUGUUUUGUGUCAGGGGCAGUUUUUUUUUGUCCUUCAUGUAUGGCCGGUAUUUGAUGAUGUACAUCAGUGUGAGGUCAAUUAGUGAUCUUGUGAAAUACGCUUGUGAAGUUGUUCUCUUAUGUUUAUCUCUUAUGUUUUGUUGGUGGUGAUGCCCUUCAAAGAUGGUUUUAUUGUUGUAAAAACAAAAAUAAAGCACUUUGCUAGUCA